UCCGAGUUUGGCGUUUGGGCCGAUAUAGUUUAUGAUCGAGGUGGUGAGGAUAGUGAUGUUGUUGUUGAUAUGAUGGGUUGGUGAAAGCAGGACAAUUGUAAGACUGUCCCUCUGCUGGGGCAGGCGUUGACGACAAUAACCGACAGCAAAAUAAAGCUACAGUUGCCGUUGCCGGAGCGAGUCGGUUGCGCCAAGUUAGGCCAAACAAGUAAAGGGAAUCAAGGCCCCUUUGCAAGCCGUGGCUUCAUGUCGCUGUCUACAGAUCGAGAUUUUGAGCAUCGCGGCUCGGUGACUGAACCACAUGCAACUGGGCAGCACGAGCCUAACCCGAAAGAAGCAUACAUCAAGCCUCAUUGUAGCGACGAAUCGAGUCUCGUCAAAUGA